AUGACAGAAAAGAUGAGAUCUCUCAGAUUUUUUUUUCUUUACAAGUGUCUGUUUACAUUAACAUUUUGGAACCAUACCAGUCUGUCUGUGGAAAAUGACCUCUUUGCAUCUGUUACUAAAAAUUUUCAAGAAGAUGGUUCUGACAAAAAAAUUAAGAGCCUGCCUCUCCUGUAUACAAAUAGUCAUCAGUCCAAAGCUAAUUCAGAGUGGGUUGUGAUACAAAAUACUACAGAAAGCCUGUCAUUAUCAGAAAUCACAAAUGAGAAUGUAAAAAAAUUAAUAGCUUUAUUAUCUAAUUUCAGACAAGGCUCCAGGUUACAAAAUCUGACACUGACAAAUAUGUCAGUGGACUGGAAUUAUCUUAUUGAAGUUUUCCAGACUGUAUGGCACUCAUCCAUUGAAUACUUCAAUAUUAACAGUGUAGAACAACUGUCGGACAUCAAAAGGUGUGUCUUUAACUAUGCAGGUACCUCUAUGAAAGCACUGACAAUGAAGAAAGUUUUAAUCACAGAUAUGUACUUCUCACAGGAUGACCUAUACGAAAUAUUUGCAAACAUGAAUAUUGCAGCCUUGUCAAUAACCGAAUCAGAGAUGAUACAUAUGCUGUGUCCUUCAUCUAACAGUCCCUUUAGAUACUUAAAUUUCUUAAAGAACGAUUUAACAGAUCUUCUUUUUCAAAAUUGUGACAAUUUAACUCACCUGGAGACAUUAAUCUUGCAGAAGAAUAAAUUUGAGAGCCUUUCCAAG